UUUAAAUUUCAAAAAAUAUUAUUAUAACACGAUUUAAAUCGUGAAUUAUAAACAUGGCUUUUUUAAAACAAUUCAAAUUAUUUCUUUAUUCUACGAAGUACCUACGAUUUAACACAUCGACAAAAUUAAAUAAAUUGUUUUCGUCUGGAGCUGUUCCUACAUCGAAUGAAAUUUCAGAAACUAUUCAUCCAAAUGUUAAAACAUCCAAACACCAACAUAUUACUUUAAUAUCAUUGAAUAGACCAGAUGAUAAAAACUCAUUAAAUGUGGAAACUCUUUAUGAUUUAAAAAAAGCUGUUACAAAUUUUGAAAAUGACUCUUCGUCAACUGUUGCUGUUCUAUAUGGUGAAGGGGGAUCAUUCUGUGCAGGAAUGGACUCUGAUGAAUUGUCCAAUGCACCACAAAUAUUCAAUGAAUUUUUACAAUCACAUUGUCAAAAACCAAUCAUAGCUGCUGUUUCUGGAUUUGCUUACAAUGCUGGUUUUGAUUUGUGCUUGUGGUGUGAUUUGCGCAUUGUUGAAGAAAAUGCUGUCAUGGCAAUUGAUAGAAAAUUAAAGACUUCAAAAUCAGAAAUAUCUUUUAAGAGGCUUUUAAAAUCUGUAGGUUAUUCAAGAACUAUGGAUAUAUUAUUGACUGGCAGAGAUGUACACUCUAAAGAAGCAUUUGACUGUGGUCUUGCAAACCGCGUAGUUGCAUGUGGAUCAAGUGUUGGUCAAGCAGUACUUAUGGCAUUUAAUAUCAGUAAAUUUCCCCAACAGUCAAUUAACGAUGAUAGAAGUGUAAUAUAUAAAAUGGUAUCAGAAUAAUAUUGUAAUAUACAAGGGGUUUUAUUACCUUUUUUGUGGACAUAAAUGUUAAUUGAAGAAUGUACAGAAGAUACGUCGAUAAAUUGUAUUCUCAAUAAAAGUGAAUACAAUUUAUUAUGAAAUAAACUAUUUUUCGAUGUA